CUGAAGUGAUCAAAUUUGCUGGUGCAUCAGCCAAGUCUGAUAUUUGGUCUCUAGGCUGCACCAUUGUGGAAAUGCUGACGGGGAAGCCUCCAUAUGCAGGAAUACCCUCUUUUGCAGCUCUUUAUCGGAUAGUAGAAGAUGAAGAACCACCUCUUCCUGAAAACAUACAAUUGUCUGAGAGUUUUUACUAGCCUGUUUCAAAAAGAAUCCAACCGAAAGGCCUUCAGCUGAGGAUUUGAUGAAAUUUAAAUGGAUGAAGCCUUAUUAUGACCAAGAACAGGUGUCGUUAGCGACAACAUCAACACACAACCAAGCUACUACACGCAAUAAAAAGGAUACAUACCUGGAAUUAGCGAACGACCAGCAACGAUCGGAAGAGUCGUUCACCUCUAUGACAAUAAGUGGUAACCACUCUUCAAGUCAUCGCUUUAUUGACUAUCAAACCUAUCAAAAAGGGGAAAAAUGCUGUGGUUGCUUGGUACAAAUGAAGAGAUUAUGGGUGAAAAACUGUCAAGAUUGUCAAAUGAAAUUCCAUCCACAUUGUAUCAAUAGAGCGCCUCCGUGCACUAAAGGCUACCAUAUUCCCUCAACAGUUAUUAACCCUAUGAGCACAGUUACAGACGAUAAAAAAAUUACCUCUCGUUAUACACCGCUGGGACCCCUAAGUACUCAAACCAGAAAAGGUUAUUUAUCUACUUCCCGACAACCGUCGCAGCAACCAUCAUCCCCACCACGAUACCACCAUCAUUACAAAACUGAUGGAUAUUCACGAAGCAAGACAGAUAACAAUAUUCAAAGACAUUUUAUCUCGUCUAUCAUGACAUGAAUGCAUUAUACUAAUUUGCAUUUCCUAAUUAUAUGCAACUUCU